AUGGAUUUUUAUGAGAGACAAAGGCGGAGGGAGCAGUUGCUGAUAAAUGAGCAACGGGAGAAGUCGUUAGCACCUCCUCCUCCAAGGAAUCAGCGUUUGAAAUUCAGUCCUGAAGUUGCGUUACUGGAAGCAACAAGUCGAGGGGAUGCAGAAGAAGUGGAGAAGUUGCUUGAAGAUGGAGUGACUCCGAAUUCUCAUAACGAGGAUGGACUUACACCUUUGCAUCAGUGCGCCAUUGAUAAAAACGAAGAGAUUCUUCAACUGUUGCUGAGAUAUGGAGCUGAUGUAAAUGCCCAGGAUACUGAGCAGUGGACACCGCUUCAUGCUGCAGCAUGUUGUGCGCAUAUCGGGAUUGUCAGAUUACUUAUUAACAAUGGCGCAGAUCUGUUAGCUGUUAAUGCAGAUGGUAAUAUGCCGUACGAUAUAUGUGAUAAUGAGGCAACUCUAGACGUAAUUGAAACAGAAAUGGCUGCACGUGGUAUUACACAAGCUCAUAUCGAUGAGCAACGAGGUGCUGCAGAGAAACAAAUGUUGGAUGAGAUGAAGUUUUUGCGCCAAGAGGGACUUCCUUUGGACAGUAGACAGCCAGAUGGAAGUACUUAUUUACAUGUAGCGGCAGCGAAUGGUUAUUAUGAUGUUGCCGCUUUCUUAUUACGAUGUGGUGUGUCACCUUCAGUUCGUGAUAAUGACCUUUGGAUGCCAGUCCAUGCAGCCGCCUGUUGGGCUCAGCCAGAUCUUGUAGAAUUACUUUGUGAAUACGGUGCUGAUAUUAAUGCAAAGACGAAUAAUGGAGAAACUCCUCUAGAUCUUUGUGAAGACUCUACUACCCGUGCAGUGAUUGUAACAUUCCAGCAGCAGGAGGCUCGUAAGAAGCGUUUAGCCUUUGGAGUUAGAGAUAGUAGGCGCCAAUCUCGAAAGAGGAAGAAGUUUGAAUCACCUCAGCAACCUACUGCUACAAAUGACAACCCUUUUUCUGCUCGGGGGGCCAUUCGCCGCCUGUCAUUAAGAGAUCGUACGGGUAUCUCUCUCGCGAGGAUUGAAGCGCAGAAAGAACAGACUGACAUCCUACGCUCUUGGAGUAAAGAGGAUAUAUCAAAUUCAAAGGAUGGAGGAGUAAUGAUAGAAGGUUUAUCAACGGACGGUUCCUCGAUGAGUCAUGCGGAAGUACUUGGUGGUUCAGGUCUUUCCAAUCAUCGGAGGGAAAGUCCUAGCAAGAAGGGCAUGAAACCGUCUCAGAAAACUAAACCAAUGUCACCCGAUGAGUGGUUGCGUAAGCUGGAUACAGAAAAUAGGAUCGAAGAUGACGAUUCUGUUGGUCAGCUUCAACGAGGGGGUCGAGCACGAAGUAGUCAGAAGAAAAAGAAGAAAAAACGUGAAGAAGGUAACGAAGUUCUUAGGCUCAGCGUAAAGUUGACAGUCAGCAUGUGCUGUGUUUUAAUUAAGAGCAAUAGUGCUACAGAGCUAACUGUUUUACAAAAUGGAGGUGAUGCGAACGGUGGAGGUCUGUAUGGAGCUCAGCAUAACGUUUUGAGAAAUGAUAUGCGGCCUGUUAAUGUUAAAAAUUCCAGAAGAUAUCUCAGGCUUUACCCUUCGACAUGA